AUGUCUUCGCCUACAAAGCAAGUUAGCACAAGAAGACUCCCGCCAUUACCGAAUCAAAAUAGUGGUGGGAAAUUGAUUCUUCGCUCGUCGAAAACGACAUCGGAUGUCGAAGAACGCGAAGCGCUUCUAGCGAAUGUCGGCGUCUCCAGCUCAAGUGCACCUCGAAAUUCCAUGGAAAGCCAGGAAACCAAAGACUCUUUAUCGUCCUUGUCCAGAUGGAAGUUUUGCGUUCAUUCGGACAAGCAAAAGACGCUUCAACAUUUGACACAGGAAAUUCAUCGUCAGCCCCAAAAAGCUAAAGUCAUGUACGAACUUGUAAAAUGCAUUGCAAUAGCGACUCAUGCGAACAGAUUUUCCCUUUAUCUUGUUAGCAAAAACGAGAAGGAAAUUUAUCUUUAUACCGAAGACAGUGAGCAAAGGACAACUCAAGUCAACCAGCAAAAGAUAACUGAGGGGACUACGGUGUGCGCGUAUGUCGCCUCAACCAUGACUGGUAUUCUAGUUCGUGAUAUUCUGGGGGAUGAAAGAUUUCCAGAUGGAAUUGGUAUUGAAGAUAGCAUGGCUCAAUCAGUGAUAUGUCAGCCAAUCAUUCAAUCUGAUGGGAAGCUUGCAGGCAUUGCGGAGCUGGUUCGUGUGAUUGGAAAUUCCCCUUUUGAACCUGAGGAUGACGAGAUUACAACAAGUUAUUUGACAUGGGGUGGAAUAACGAUUCAUUACGCUCAGAUCUUCAAGGAGAUGCAACGACAAAAGAAUCUACACAAUUUUCUUUUGGAUGUGAUAAAGUCUUUGUUUGAUGAAAUGGACACAGUUGAUGGCGUUAUUACGAAUGUGAUGACGUACGCAAAGCGUCUCGUGGAUGCUGAUAGAUGUGCAAUGUUCCUUACGGAUGAAGUCACAGAGGAGCUCCACGCUGAUCUCUUCGAUGAAGGAAAACUGGAUGAAAAUGGGCGCGGUAUAUUCUCGAAGGGAAAGGAAAUAAGAUUCAGUAGUGAUAAAGGGAUUGCAGGUUACGUGGCCAGGUCUGGCAAACUAUUGAACAUCAAAGAUGCUUACUCGGAUCUUCGGUUCAACCGUGAGGUUGACGUGAAAACGGGAUACACAACACAUACGAUACUUUGUGUACCAAUGAAGUGUAAGGACAGAGUUGUCGGUGUGGUCCAACUGAUCAACAAGCAAAAAGGAAUAUUUACAUCAGCAGAUGAGCAUGCCUUUACAUUAUUCGCUGGUUAUUGUGGUCUUGCCAUUCGGUACUCACAGAUUUUCAAUCAUCUUUUCGAAACUCAACAAAAACAUCUGCUUGCCUUGGACGUGCUUUCGUUUCACUGCACCGCUUCAGAAAAGGAUGUUCAAAAGUUUCGUAGCAUUGAGGAUCUUGAUCCAAUACCUGAUGAACUAUGGAGUUUCAACUUAAGUUUCUAUCAAGACAGUGACUAUCUUCUUAAACUUGCAAUUAUAAUGGCCGAACAGCUGUUACAAGAUUGUGAAAUCAGCGUCGACACGGAUACGCUGCAUCGUUUUAUGUUAACUGUAAGAAAGAACUACCGACCCGUGUCUUAUCAUGGGUGGCCUCAUGGUUUCUCUGUUGCACAUACUCUUUGGCUUGUUAUUACUCAGUCUCCUGAAACGUUUACUAUAACCGAGAAACUAGGUAUGUUCUUUGGUGCUCUCUGUCAUGAUGUUGAUCACCGUGGAUAUAAUAAUUCAUUCCUACAGAUGAUCAAAUCUCCAAUUGGAUUACUUUAUCAAACAUCCACAAUGGAGAGACACCACUUAGAGCACACUUUAUAUCUACUUCAGCAAGAAGAGCUGAAUAUCUUCAAGAACGUUGAAGAAAAGCAAUAUAACGAGAUCAUCGCAGUGCUCAAGCAAACCAUCAUGGACACAGAUAUACAAUUAUUUAUUCCCGUCCACAUGCAGCUUCAGCAAAUCGUUGAAGCAGGAGAGUUUGAUUUUGGAAAUGAUAAUCACAGAUCGUUGUUAAAACAUGAAUUAGUUACAGCGGCUGAUCUGUGCGCCUGCGCGAAACCUUGGGCAAUUCAUCGACAGUCUGUGAAAAAAGUGUUCGAAGAGUUUUAUGCUCAGGGAGAUCUUGAGAAGAAAAUGGGAAACACGCCUAUUGCGAUUAUGGACAGAGAGAAGAAAAAUGAAGUGCCAAAGUCGCAAGUCGCAUUCUUUUCUGCAAUGGGUAUCAAAUGUUAUGGAAUGCUGUAUGAAAUAUUACCCUGCAUAGAACCAAUGCUGGACAACACCAGGGAGAACUUGGAAGAGUGGAAAAGAUUGUCCGGACUGGGCGAGGAAUACGAAACUAAAAACCUGACAUUGAAAGGCUUUAAGAAUAUGAUACACGGUCGUAGACUGUCUUCAGAUGAAUAA